AUGUACAGUGAGCUAAUAAGGAAGUUCGAUGCUUUAAGUGAACACAUUAAGAGACUGGACGGUCAAGUCGCGGAAAACGCAACUGCCAUCAAGAGAGAGGAAGGACGUCUCCCUGGGCGGACUGACGCGAACCCGAAACGUCAAAUUAAUGUCGUGCUACUAAGGAGCGGAAAAUGCCUAAUCCCGAGCACGAUAGAAAUCAGUAGCGCAGAAAAACAUGCUAUAGUUGAGGAAAAUGGUGAAAAUAGGUCACGCCCGAUAAUCCUCGAUGAUUCCAAUACCGAGUCAGAAACCCCUCGAGAGAAGGAGCUUCCCAACACUGAGGAAGCAGCCAUCAACCUUGAGGAGGAGGAAGAAGAGUUGGAGGAAGAUGUGGAAAUCAAUCGACAAGAGAAAACCAACGUCGAUCGACAUGCUACAGGAAAUAUCGAUCGACAUUCUGGAAACAAUAUCGAUCGACGAUCGACUCCUGCUGAACCAGCUGUGGAAAGAGUAUAUAGGCCCCUACCACCCUUCCUUCCUAACAAGACUCAGACUAAGCGCGAAUUGGAUAAAACUAUAUGCAAGAAAGCAUUCGAUAAGAUCAUGUUGGAAAUGCCAUUGAGUGAUGCCAUAAAGGUAUCACCUUCAAUAAAAAAAUAUGUAAAAGACAUAGUAUCCAACAGCUUUCCAGCCGCUGAGCGUAGCGUCAUGAUGGUUUCAGAGGAAGUUAGUGCAAUAAUCCAAGGAGGAACUCCAAUCAAGAGGCCCGAUCCGGGUAGUUUUGUUUUGGAUUGCAACAUACGAAAUAAAAAUUUUCCUCGAUCCCUUUGUGACCUAGGUUCCAGCGUAAACCUCAUGCCACACUCUGUCGCGAUAUCCCUAGGAUACGACAAGUUCAAACCUACCAAAAUAACUCUGGUUCUGGCCGAUAGAUCCGUUAGAUUACCUGAGGGAGUGCUCGAUGACGUGCCAAUAAGGAUCAAUGAUUGCCACGUCCCAACGGAUUUUGUGGUACUGAAAUACCGAAAUGAACCAAAAGAUCCCCUAAUUUUUGGUAGACCAUUUCUAGCUACACCAGGUGCGAUAAUCGAUGUCAAGGAAGGUAGAAUAUGUCUGAACAUUGGGAAUAUUCCGAUGACCUUAGACAUGGAUAAGAUAAUAAGUCGACCCUUAAUCGAUAAACAGACUUCCUAUGUGGGUGAUAUCGGUGAACUGACUGAAGAGUCUUUCGGAAACCUGCACUCAGAUGAUCCUCUAGAGAAAGUACUCACAUCUAGUGAAGAAGAAACAUUCAGUGUCACCCGUAGAGCUGAAGAAUAG